AUGGAGAAAUGGAAUUGUACUUCAAAUGAUUUCAUUUUGUUGGGAUUGGUUCCCCCAAAUCAAACUGGCCUACUUCUCCUGUUCCUAAUCAUCCUUGUGUUCUCCCUCGCCUUGGUGGGCAACUCCAUCAUGAUUCACCUCAUAUGCCUGGACCCCCGACUCCACACACCCAUGUACCUUCUCCUCAGCCAGCUCUCCCUCAUGGAUCUGAUGUACAUUUCUACCACUGUGCCCAAGAUGGUGUUCAACUUCCUCUCUGGCCAGAAAUGCAUCUCUUUUAUGGGAUGCGGGGUGCAAAGCUUCUUCUUCCUGACCAUGGCAUGUUCUGAAGGCUUACUCCUGGCCUCUAUGGCCUACGACCGUUAUGUGGCUAUCUGCCACCCGCUCCAUUAUUUCAUUCACAUGAGUAAAAGGGUGUGUGUGAAGAUGAUCAUAGGUUCUUGGACACUGGGGUCCAUCAACUCCCUGGCACACACAGUCUAUGCCCUCCAUAUUCCUUACUGCAGGUCUAGGGCCAUUAACCAUUUCUUCUGCGAUGUCCCAGCCAUGCUGCCUCUUGCCUGUAUGGACACUUGGGUCUAUGAGUACAUGGUUUUUGUGAGCACAACCCUCUUUCUCCUUCUUCCUUUCUUUGGUAUCACUGUGUCCUAUGGCCGGGUCUUAUUUGCAGUCUACCAUAUGCACUCAAAAGAGGGGAGAAUAAAGGCCUUUGCCACAUGUUCAACACAUUUAACUGUAGUGACCUUUUACUAUGCACCUUUUGUCUACACUUAUCUCAGGCCCAGGAGUCUCCGCUCACCAGCAGAAGACAAGAUCCUGGCAGUCUUCUACACCCUCCUCACCCCCAUGCUCAAUCCCAUUAUCUACAGCCUGAGGAAUAAGGAAGUCUUGGGGGCAAUGAGAAGAGUGUUUGGGAUACUUUUUUCCCUGAAAUAA